UAGAGAAUUUAUAAGCUAAAUAUUUAAAUAUAUAAACCCAUUUCCCAUAUCCGCUUGCCAUUAAGAUAUUGUAUCUUUCUGUGUAGCAGUUACAUUUUUCGGCCACAGACUUUGGGUAGUAUUUGCAAUUUUGUGGACAGACUGUUGCUUCUUUGUGGCGACACGCGUCGCCUUUCAGAUGAGUCACAAUUAAAAGGCUUGGCCCCAAGCAAGGGUCCCCGGUCCCGGGUCCGAGCUCCUCUGCGUGUGGGCAGCCCGUAUUUGUAUUCAGUUCUUGGCCGCAAAACAGUGGAAACCGCAAAUGACUCCAUGGAAAAGUGAAAAACCAAAUUUAAACAAAAAAGAAAAAAGCAUAAAAACGGAGACACCCAGACAAGUGCAGAGGGGCGUUGGGCGGCGUCGAAGGGGGGAUUUCGUAAUGGCAUUUAAUGGCGCUGGCACACACACUCAGCGGGCAACAGUUUCCCCACCAACGAAUCUAGAUACUUUAGCCGCCAGAUACUCAGAUACUUAGAUACCCAGAUACAGUACAUAACGUCAUCGGUUGAUUUUCCAUGAGGCGCCAAACGAAGCGUGCAACCGAAAAAAGCGAAAAUAGUAGGCACAAUAGUAAAAAUAAAACGAAUAGACCGAGAACUGCAGGCGCAAUAGAGAUUGUAUUGUAUUUCGACGCGUACGGAUAUCUGAAUAGGACGGUAUAGGAUGGCUAUGGCGCUGGAGUGCGGUGCAUCUCGCUGGUGCGUCUAUUAAUAGGACAGCUCCACAGCAGGUUCGCAGCGGGGGAGGUGUUUGCCCCGCGACGACGGGUAGCCCGUAAUCCGGCAACACCUUCAGUAUCUCUCCGGUCGUGUCCCGCGCUCGAACUCCCCAAUCCGAUCAAGAAGAUCUUGCAUCCCCUCGGUGUCGCCGUCGCUAGCUGUUUUGUGCAUGUGAUCUUAUAAAAAUGUGUUAUCCCCUUUUGACAGCAAGCUGUUAAUUUCUAAGGCAAAACACUGUGUGUGCAGUUGGUGGAUAUGCCAGAUACAGAUGACUGUUCAAACCCAGAUCGGAGAGAAGCCACAAUAAAGCCCGGGCGAGAAAUCAAACGAUCGGCAGCACAACAAGCACUCAACGCACAUUAACGCAAAGCGCUGCGAAUUAACACUGGGCGCUAGGUUAAAAACACAAAGCAGCAAGAAUAAUACACAUCUAAAGACAUGGAUACAAAGGCAACUACUAAACGGGCCGAAAUUGAACAGUUUUUGUUGGAUGUCCGCGCCCAUUUCCGAGCCUCGCUGGAGACCUCGGAGUACGAGAACGCCUCGAAUCUCUUCCACAUGACCGCCGCCGAGCAGACCGCCUCACUCCUGGCCCGCUGCGAGAUUCUGCUGGCUGCAUUUGGAUCGGGACUCGGAUUGGGCUGCGCAGACGAGCAGGCGGCAGCAGGCCACAACCACCGGAGCAGCCUGGCCGACUGCGUCGACAGCAAGGUGGGCGCUGAGACCGGUCCCAGCGGCUAUCUGGAGAUGCUCGCCUCCCCGUCCUCCUCGAAAAAUUCGCUGUCCGCCUCGCGAGAAUACAUUGAUCUGGGCAGCAGCGGGUCCCUGGAUCGGUGCUCCGUCAGCCAACCGGUUACGGGAUCGUCGGACAAAGAGCCACAUCAGCAGCUCUACGAGAUCUGCCAGGGUCAGGGAACGGGCCAGGACGAAGACGAGGCCCAGCAGGCGAUCACCUUCACCCACGAGCUGAUCAUUGACUGUCCUUACGCGGAUCUGCCCGCUGGCCACCUGUCGCUGCAGAGGUCCACCAAGUACGGACAGCUGCAGCGGAUCGUUCCGAAGCGGCUGUUCUUCGACCAGACCCGCAAGUGCUACUGCGGCAUCCUCAACGACUGGAUGCUGUGCUAUGCCGAUGGACCCACCGCCUGCCGGCCCAGCAGCACCCUCUACCUAAAGUGCUCCUCCAUCGAGAUCGAGCACUUUGGCGAGGGAAAGCGGCGCGACAUCUGCUUCCAGAUCACCACAGACGACCCCAACAAGAAGUUCGUGUACCAGGCCAACAACGAGGUCGAUGCCAAAGAGUGGAUACACGCCAUUGAGGCGGCCAUCCGCGGAGAAUCCGGAGCACAUCAAGCCCUGAAGAGCCCACCGCCCCGGAAAUUGCCCACUCCGCCGGUCCAGAAGAAGUCCGCCUAUGUAGCAACGGAUAUUAUAUACGAGGAGCCCUCGCCCAUCUACGGCCUCAUGGACUCCUCGGCCAUGGUGCUGCCCAAGCUGCCGGAGAAGAACAACAGUCCGAACGCCCUGGCACGGCGCUUCGAGUACGAUGUGCCCAAGUGUCCGGCCCAGCCGCUCCAGGAAGCCACCGCUGGCGUUGCCUCCUUGGGUGGCGAACCGGAAUCCGUGGAGCUAAUCAACGCGGAAGAGAUCAAGGUGCAACCACUGCCCUCCCGUCUGCAUGGAAACAUUUCGCUAGAUUUCCAGGCCAAGGUGAAAACCGUGCACAGUGAGCUCUCCACCCAGCUGUCGGCGGGCGGAGCCAGUCCAGAUCGUCUAAAGAAGGCCGUGAAAAAGACCUACACCAAUGGCAGCGAACCGGAAAUGCUCUCACCGCUGACCAGCCCCGUGCAGACGCCCACCAAGGAGCAGAAGAAGCAGCGCAAGACAAUCACUCCGCAGUCAAGUCCGGGCAGCAAGGAUUGUGAUAAGGAUAAGCUGGCCCGGAACUGGUUUCUCAGUCGCCUGAACAAGAGCACUAAGACCGCGACCAACUCAGUCAGUGGAUCGCCGAACAAUGCCAAGUGCAAGCAGAGUGAGAAGGAGAACCUGCUGACGGACGCGGAACUGGGCGAGGGCUACGACGGGAGUCCGGGUGAUCGGGACCCGGGCCUGCCGGGCAGCCAGCCCACGUCGCCAUGCCUGAAGGCGGCGGAUGCCAAGAGCAAGGUGAACAUGAUCAUCAACCAGUUCGAGAGCAGCGGCCACCUGUCCACCAUGUUCAGCGUGGAGGCGCUAGCCGCCAAUGCCCUCGCUUCGCUGACAUCCUUCUGCGAAAGCGAUGGCUACAACAACUACGAGCCCAUCAUGCCCCUGGCGACGACACCCAGCAGUUUCCUGAAGAAGGUGUAGACUCCCGCUCAUCCGUCACUCGCUAUCCAAUCCAACACCCGGCAUCCUGGAGAGCUCGCGUUCGUCUCUGUAUUCUAGAUUUAAUCCUUAGGCUAGUGAAAACCACUCUCCGGGUGUCACAUAAACUUUGACAUAAAAUUUUAAUAUCAAAAACAUAA